GUGAGGAAUCACCGCCGCCUGCGGCUCCUUUGCUGCCUCUGCUUCCUGCACAGUUUCAGAGCUGCAUAUCACAGAUGUCCACAUGAUGCUACACUCGUUUACCAGGCCUUCUGUGAGACUGCCAGAGCUGUAGGAUGUCGAUGGUGCUGUUCGCCUCUGUGGUUCGGGUCGGGGACGGCCUGCCUCUCUCUGCAUCCACCGACUAUGAGCAGGACAAGGAGCUUCAGGAAACAAAGAGGCACCUCAAAGGUCUCUCCAAGAAACUCAGCCAGUUUCCUGACCGCUGCACUCUUAAGACUGGCCCAUACAAUGUCAAUUUCACGAGCUCACUUGGAGUUGGAUACCUGAUGGUUUGCACUGCAAACUACCCCAAUGUGCUGGCCUUCUGCUUCCUGGACGAGCUACAGAAGGAGUUUCUUGUCACUUAUGACACCAAACGGAUCAGCAGCGCCGUGCGGCCGUACUCCUUCAUUGAAUUUGACACCUUCAUCCAGAAGACCAAACAGCGCUACAACAGCCCUCGUUCCCUGUCCACCAAGAUCAACCUGGCCGAUAUGCAGACGGAGAUCAAGCUGCGACCGCCCUACCAGCUCUCCCCUGAGGACCUGCAGGCUAUCAAUGGAUUCUCAGUGCACACAACCCCCAAGUACAAGGGCAUAGCUCCCACACAGAUGUUGGAGCCGGUGACACUCCCAGGCAUCGUAGCCUGUGUGCUCAGCGUCCUCUGUGGAGGGCUCAACCUGCUGCGAGGAGUCCACGCUAUAGAGAGCAUACUACAGAACGACGACGAGGACUUUAAUUAUGUGAUUGCCUUCUUCCUCGGCACAGCAGCCUGUCUGUAUCAGUGCUACCUGUUUGCCUACUUCUCUGUCUGGAGGAACAGUAAGUCCUUCCUGGCGUUUGCGUUGAUCUGUCUGUCCAACAUGUAUCUGUAUGAACUGAGGAACAUGUGGCAGAUCCUCUUCCACGUCGCGGUCGGGGCCUUCAUGACCCUGCAAAUUAGACUGAGGCAACCGCUGGGCAAAGCGCCGGACUACAAUGUCUGACGAAGACCUUCAACACAAAGGACAAACGGACCUUUUAUUCAGAUGUCCUGGAAAUACUGGAGAUGCUACUGGGGACAAAGUGGACACGAAAAACAAGCAGAGUUCAGGAAUAAAACUUAAAAAAAAAAAAAGUAAAUAAAAUGCAGCAUCAAGCAGUUCACUAAGCACUAAUGGACAGAUCUCAAUUUGGACUUUGGACAAAACUCUGGUGCCCCCUGAACCAUAUAUGGACAUUAUUGGAUUGAUUUCGGAAGUUGUCUCCUCCUGACCAUUGUCUGAUAAGGAUUUUUACUUCUUUUGAGUGCAGACAUUAUUUAGGUCAGAGUCCUGCAUGCAGGAUGUCCACUUUGGCAAACCGACUUCUCCCUGCACCCUCAAAUUUAGGCAUUGGAUCUAACCUGUUCCGUGUAACCCACAACCCCAAUAACAGCCACAUACGAAGGCUACGCAAACCUUCUAUUUUUGACUAGGAAUGCAUUGAACAAAAGUAAUAUUUGCAUUCCAGUUGUGAAAAUGAUAGUAAUACAGUACCUCUAUGAGGACUGUAAAGAAACUUCUGACGUUAAAGAAAUUUACUGAAACUUCUUAAAUACACACCUGAUCAAAUCCUAAAUAACCAAGACUUCAGUACAAAACACACCAGUCAUAGUAAACGGUAUCAAAAAUAUGCUAAUGUAUGUGUGAAUACGAUAAAAAUCUGCUCAGUGCUGAAGCACGUCAGAGCUGGAAAAUGAGCAGUGGUGUGAUUCAACGGGUCGUCAGAGCAUGAAUUUACAUAGAAAAGAGAAUCUGACCAGACAUUUGAUAAGAGCUUUUGAUGUUUGAGCUACAAACAGAUUUCUGUUCGCACCCAAACAUCACUGAUGUUUGGUAUUCACUGACAUCGGUUCCUUGAGCUCAGUCAACAACACGUGUAGUCCAAAGAUACCCUGUGGAGGUUUCUUGUAAACAAAAGCUAUGUUUGCAUUUUGUGUAUUGUUUACAGCCUCUAAUAGAUGUGUGAGGUGCAUUUCGUUCCUCAUAAAACACCUUCAAUGAUUUAAUUAUUUUAAAUCCAGCUUUGGUUAAGUCCUUGGUGAGCAGCUUGCAUUCUUGCUUGCCUUUUUUGGUGCACUGCUGUGUAUCUUGACACAUUAUUGCCACCUUUAGACAAAUGGUGUAGACGCUGGUAGCAUCACCUGCAUGACCACAUUUCAUGCAUGUGUGAGUACACAAGAUAAACAAAACAGGGACACACUCAGAAAAAAAAUACUUCAUAGAGCUGGUAUGUUUAAAAAAAACUCCACAGGGUACCUUUAAUUGUGAAAUGCAGCAACAAAAUAAAACCAAACCUGUAAUCACAAAUAUGAAACGGGCAACAUACCAGUAAGACUGGAGAUUAACUUAAAUUCUUAAGCUUCACUUAUGUCCUGCUCACAUGCAGUUAUCUUUCCCCCUCUUUGUGUUUUGUUGUUUUGCUCACUAAUGGAUGUUUUGCACAUAUACCUGACUUGGUGCAGGACUCUGGUUUAGGUUUUUGUUUAAAACUAUGCAAUGCUGCCUUGUGUGUGUGUGUGUGGCCCUCGAUUAAGUUUUGUUGUAUUCUGUAGCAUCAAGAGACAACAAUCAUAUCUUUGUUUUGCAAUUGUUUGUCAUUUUGUACACGGUUAAUUUUGCUAUUUAUUUUCUGACUGAUUGUUCUGAGACAUGUGGUCACUGAAGAUUUCUACAGAUUUUAUGAAUUUUAUUGGUUUUAUGAUCGCUCCGUUUUUACGCAGACCUAAGUUUUCACAAAAAUAGCUCCUGCUUCAGCCGCCACAAACAGCCUGUUAGCAUUCAAACUCUACUUCCUAGCCUGCACAGCCUCAAGCAUAUGCCAUUGUCAAGUGACUAUGUUAAUAAACAGGUCUGUGUUGGCAGCAGCAAAGAUGCAUAGCUGAGUUGUGGGAGCCAGAGGCAGGCUGUAUCAUCUGAACAGCAUUUGGCCUGCUUUUCCUCCCACUGAGCCCCUCGGUUUAGACAUGGCUGCAUCUGCCAUUUAUGACAACAAAAACUGAGUCUCUCUCCUAUUUCCCGUGUUGUGGAUAUUUUCACAGUGUUCAACAUAAUUAUUAUCAGGAGAUGACAUUUUAUCGUCGGACAGCGUGAGCUUGUUCAGGGAGUUAUGGCACGGUUUUCUUGGCUUGCUGCACCAUCUUAACAAGUAAUUGCAAACAAAUGAGAAGGGUAGAGAAUUAAGUCAUGCCUUUUAUUGUUCAUAAAAACAGUUGUGCCAAAAUUGUCAUGUCUUUUUUUUUUCUUCUCGAUAAUUCACUCAUUGAAAGAAGUUAAAGGUACAAAUGAACAAGAGUAUAGUCACGCAGCUAUACUUGAUGUCCAUCUGGUAUCUACACUACAGUUCUGUCAGGAGACUGCUUCAUUCUCGUAUGAUUCAUCAUCACACUCUCUGAAUGUUCUCUGCUUUCCAGCAGCAGUGCCACACCUAUAUGACCUAAUAGCUUUUUUUCCCACAAUAUGGCUCAGGCUGGAUUGGGUCUGAAUUGUGCUUCACUGACUCAGAUUGUUAAGUUUCUCCUUUCCCAAACAAGUUACUGUAAAUUUGUUAUGUGAGCGUGUUGUAUGAAACGGGAAAAUCUUAAUUCAAGUCUUUUGUACAGAUCUUUCCAGGUAUGCAAAAUGAAUGUGAUUGUUUUUCAUUUUCUCUGUAAAAGGUUUCUUACAACAGAGCUGAAAACAUGUUCUUGUUUUAAUUACUUUUAUUUUACGGCAGCUUAAAUUGAAUUCCUUGGUCAUAACAAUUCAAAAAUACUAGAACUAGAUCUGAUGUUAAGUUCAAGAAUUUAAGAUCUGGGAAAGAUCGGUUUGACUUGAAAAUGAAAAUGUGUUACAACACUGCAUUUAAAGCAAAUCUGAAUACU